UUGUCUUCAGACCCGAGCACUCACCAGGAUGUGUGUGACAAAGAAGAUCACUUGAGUGAGCGUAGUAAUCCUAGUGACACAGAACAUGAUAUCUCAGAGGCUGAUGAUGAUGACAUGUCACUGUCUACUCUAUUGCAUAGAAGUCGUUCACGAGAAGAGCAAUGUACAUACGAAUCGUCUAGUUCUUCAAACGCAAACCGUGAGUGUUCUUCGGGUUUUUAUUAUGGCAAAGACGGUACGAUGUGGUAUAAGACGCCUUUUCGACGAAAUGUCAGAACCAGAACUGAAAACAUAAUCCAUCAAUUGCCAUCAAUUGACAAAUAUAUCUGUGUAGAACAUAUAGUACCUUUUUGUGCUGACUGUACCAAAGAUAUUUAG